AUGGACAGCAACAACGAACUGUCAGAAGACCUAAUCAGACGCCUGAGCGCUGGCGGCGGCCUGGAAGAAGUUAUUGCCAGCGAAAUCUUUGAGGAGACCAACAUAUACGAGGAUGCGAACGAUGCGGAAAAUGAGCCAGACGACAUCAUCAUUGUGCACAUGGACAUACGAGAACCGCUGAGCACACUCAAAAAACUUGUGGAGCAAAAGAUCGGCGUGGAACUGCACUACUACACAUUUUGUCUACAGGAUGCUCAGGAGCUGGAGCCGCACAAGAACCUGGUCGAUCAGUGCGUCAAAGGCGAGGGUCUGGUGCAGAUCAAUGUACAAAUCCAAACAAUACGCAAGAAGAUCAACAUUGCGGAUGUGCUGAAGCCCACGGAGGCGGCGCUGGCCACCCUGGCCAUUGAGGAGGCAGCACAGCUCAGCGCCCAGGACACGAAUAGCAGCGGCAAGAGCUCGACCAGCGAUAGUCCAAGCAAAAACAGCAAAAAGCGCAAGCACAAAGCAGAUGACGCUUACGAUGUGGAUGUGGUUACAGACGAAGACAAGGACGUGGAUGUGGAGGCGGCCAAGCCUGUGCUCAACUGGGUGUUGGAUAGCAAAUUUAAGCGCGAGCAAAUACGUCUCAAAAUACCCGAAGCAGUCAGCGAAUGGACGCCAGCGCAUGUCGCGCACUGGCUCGAGUGGGCGGUCAAAGAAUUUGAGCUGCGAGACCUCAACAUAGACGAAUGGCAUAUCACGGGCCAGGCGUUAUGUUCUAUGACGCACGAGCAAUUCAGUCGCAAACUGCCGCGUGAUCCGGGCAAUGUGUUCUGGACACACCUGCAGCUGCUCAAGGAAUGCAAUUUCGUGUCGGUAGUGCACAAACAGGCCGAGGAGCUGCGCAAACCCAAGCAGGGCAAAGCGGCAAUGAACCCUGGAAUGGAGCAGCGCAUUAUGCGCAAAUCCUUGCAGAGCGUCAAGGACAAUGACUCCUCCGAGAGCUCGACGGCGCCCCAGAGUCCAAGUCACAACAACAGCAUUGGCUCCGGCAACAAUGGCCAGGUGCAGCUGUGGCAGUUCCUGCUCGAGAUACUCACCGACAGUGAGCACACGGACAUUAUUGAAUGGGUGGGCACCGAGGGCGAGUUUAAACUAAGCGAUCCGGAUCGCGUGGCACGUCUCUGGGGUGAAAAGAAAAACAAGCCCGCCAUGAACUAUGAGAAGCUCUCACGGGCGUUGCGCUACUACUAUGAUGGCGAUAUGAUAUCCAAGGUGUCCGGCAAACGAUUCGCCUACAAGUUUGACUGUGAUCUGAAGCUCCUGAUAGGCUACGAUGCCAGCGAGCUGUCCCGCUUGGUCAACGAGCGUAAGUGGGCCGAGCAUCUGCAGGCGACGCACAAGGAAGCCAGCAACGAUGCGACAUGACAGCCGGAUAUCGGUAUCAAGGAAGAGCCCUACAUCCUGUGGAAGUACGAGGCGCCAUAACGUUGGCUUAAACUGUUAGUAAUUAGUUUAAUGGCCAGAUUAACUGUUUUGCAUUUAAAUUGUCAUAGGCACUUGAUUUUAUUGUUCACUAUGUUCAUAAUAUAUUGUUAUUCACUAAGCACUUUAA